GCUGGACGGGUUGCCGUGACGUAGACCAGUGGGUUACGGCGCAGGCGCAGAGUUGUGCGUGUGGCUGGAGCUGAUGUAACAUCGCGGACACCGGCUAGAACGGCAACCAGGGAGCACAGAGCGCACGGUGACAGCACAUUGGUACCGGACACCGAGCAAGCACCGAAACCGCCGCCAGUAUGUCUGGAGACGAGAUGAUUUUCGACCCCACCAUGAGCAGGAAGAAAAAGAAGAAGAAGAAGCCUUUCAUGCUUGAUGAAGAAGGGGGAGAACAGCAGGUGGAGGAGACACAGGUUCCUGAAACUAAAGAGGUGGAACCAGAACCAGUAGAGGACAAGGAUGCUGAUGUGGAUGAUGAAUCUUUUAGGAAAAAAGAUGGACCUGAUGACCUUGAUGACUUAAAUUUCUUUAAUCAGAAGAAGAAGAAAAAGAAAACAAAAAAGUUUGACCUGGAUGAAGCAGAGGAAGGUGUUAAGAAUUUAAAGAUAGAAAGUGACUUCCAGGAUGCCUCAGAGUCCCAGGAGGAUGAUAUGGAGUUCACAUUGACUAAGAAGAAGAAAAAGAAGAAGGUCAACUUCCCAGAAGAUGAUGAUCUCAAUGAUAAAGAGGAGGCCUUUGAAGAAGACGACAGUAAGAAAGAUGAUGGGAUAUCCUUUAGUUCUCAGCAUGGACCUGCAUGGGCUGGCUCAGAAAGGGACUACACAUAUGAUGAGCUGCUAAACAGAGUAUUUAACAUAAUGCGGGAAAAAAAUCCAGACAUGGUUGCCGGAGAGAAAAGAAAAUUCGUCAUGAAGCCACCUCAAGUUGUCCGCGUUGGCACAAAGAAAACCUCAUUUGUGAACUUCACAGAUAUUUGCAAACUAUUACAUCGUCAGCCAAAACAUCUCCUGGCUUUCUUAUUAGCUGAAUUGGGUACAAGUGGCUCCAUAGAUGGUAACAACCAGCUAGUUAUCAAGGGCCGCUUCCAACAGAAACAGAUAGAGAAUGUCUUGAGAAGAUAUAUAAAGGAGUAUGUGACCUGUCACACCUGCCGAUCGCCAGACACAAUCCUGCAGAAGGACACCAGGUUAUAUUUCCUCCAGUGCGAGACCUGCCAUUCUCGUUGUUCUGUGGCUAGCAUCAAAACUGGAUUCCAGGCAGUCACGGGCAAGAGAGCACAGCUUCGGGCCAAAGCUAACUAGCUGGUCUGGUCGGAUUUUACCAAUGCUAUUUGUGGAUACUGGGGCACAACCUGACAGUCAGGGAGUGGUACCCUUUAUAUUGUAAGGAAUGUCGUGAGACUGCGCAAGAAAUCUUGGCUUAAUUUUAUUUUUCUUUGUCUUGCGCGAGGAAUUGCUAAAUUUCGUCAGUGAAGCUGAUCAUUCAAUAAACGCACUGCUCACAAAAUUUGUUUUACCAGCUGUCUUGAGGAAAAAGGGGAAGAAUAUGCAUUUUUAACCAGACUUCUGUAAAAUGCAAGAUACAUUAAAGUUAUUAUAACAUUCACAGAACAA